AUAGUCAUUUGCUUGUUAGUCAGCCAAUUGUCACGACCGAGUCGUGUGAAAAUCGAAGAUUUACACUGGAAUUUCGAGGACCUGAGCAAUUUAGUGACCAAGAGGAUAACUACGAUUGGAUCAACGCUGACGAAAAGACACGUCUGCUGCCCGGGAAGAGUGGAAAAUCGGGAAACUCUGGCUUGCGGCCAAAGAUUCGGCAGUUGACUUCUAAUCUGCUCAACGUGGAAGAGGUGCGCAACAUCGCACGCGGCCUACGUCAACCAAGUUACCAGAAGCUGUUCCAGCAGGACAAGGACAACAAGGAAAUCCGAAAGAAUCAGAAAACCAUGUCGGCUCCCUCGACCUCCUCCGUGGGCGACGCCGCCGCCGCUCUCUCCGGCAAUCUUCAGUUGCCGCCUCUCCGCACCCUCGAUGACUUCAUCCUGGGAUCGGCCCGAUUCCAGUUGCCUAACCUCAAGGAUUUCGAGAAGUGGGGCAACCGGGUGGUGAAGAAUCUGCUCUAUUACCAAACCAAUUACUUUCUGCUCUUCCUUACUAUCUACGCUCUAAUGGUUUUCUUCAAUCCCACGAAGAUCAUCAGUGGUCUGCUGGUUCAGGCUUUGAUUAUCGCUGUGAUCUGGCAGUUUUUCAGUGGCAAGUCGAAGAACAACUUUAUCGCCAGCCGCCUGACCGGAGGAAAUGCCAACACAGCGGAGCAGAAUGCCCAGCAAAAGUGGUACGUCCUGGGUGGAGCUCUUGUGGGAGGAUACCUCUUCCUGCAUCUGAUUAGCGCAGUGCUUUUGACCGGCUUCACCUUGCUGCUUCCCAUCUCGGUGACCUUCAUCCAUGCCUCCUUGCGGCUACGCAACAUGAAAAACAAGUUGGCCAACACCAUCGAAAGUUUUGGUCCUUCCACGCCUAUGGGAUCGUUGUUGGAUGCUCUUAAUGUUCGGGCCGAUGGAGUGCUCAACUAGGUCCAGCCAUACAUAUACAUAUAUAAAUAUGUCGACCCCUUUGUCACAAUUGGAAAUCAAGUUUUUAUCGCUAGUUACCCUCGUCAAUGUUGAUCUUUGCAAAACAAAAUCCCUGUAUUAUUAUAAUCGAUUUGAUCUUUAUUUUUGUAUUGAACUAUGAUUUUAUUUAGCUGUUUAAAAUGUCAAUAAAGUUUUCCCAGGAAAAAACGAA